AUUCUCUCUUCCCUCGCCGCCCCGCUUGCCUCUCGCCUCCUCGGGGCCGCAGGGGAGGAGGCGAGCACGCUGUGCCCUGGGCCCGCGCGGUGCUCAGGGAGGCGCAUCUCCCACUUCUCCCGGGGAAUUUGGAGAGGGUCUGUAUGCGCGCGCGCGCGCGUGAGCUGGAGGCAAAAGCUGGUAGGAUCUAGCGGCGAGCAGAAGGUCAGGGUCUUUGACGUUCCUCGCCUGCUGCAUAAACCUCACUGAGCAGGGAAGAGUGUCUGAGAGAGCGCGCGCGUACACGGGCUGGCUGCCCUUGGCACGCUCGGUGGCCCGGGGCCCCGGGGCCCGCGGUCCCCUCUGGCGGCCCGGGAUUACCGUGACGUCACGUUGAGCCUCUGGCCACCUUGGACUGGGACACCUCUGGGACCUCACAGCCCCAAGCCGCACCGCACCUCAUCUCGCCACCAGGCGCCUUUGGCACCCCGCGCCUUCUUCCUAACUCUGACGAUCCAUGGGCCCCUCUGCCUUCAGGACCCCAUUGGCCGCAGGGGCGCCUUCUCAAGUGCAGGGCUCCGCGGCUCGGCUGCCUUUGACUCUGCCGGCAGUCCCACUCAGCAGGCCAAGGAACUGGCUCCGAGCACCUGCAUCCCAGUAAGGAAAGCAGAAGCCGCUCGGCUGGGGCCAUCAAAUAGCUAGCUGAGCUGAGCGAGGGACUCAGAAGGAAAGAGAGAGACUGGUCCCAGGACAGCCAGCUGCUAUGGCCUUCCCGCCCUUUGGACAUCCUUACGGCAGCGCGUCCCAGUUUCUGGUGUCUGCGAGUUCCGGUGCCGCUUGCUGUGAAACUGUCCCGCGCUCGGUGUCAGAUGUGGUCUCAGCCUCCACCUCUGCCUCUACUCUUUGCUGUACACCCUACGACAGCCGGCUGCUGGGCAGUGCUCGGCCAGAGCUGGGUGCUGCCUUGGGUAUCUAUGGAGCACCCUAUGCAGCUGCUCAGAGCUACCCUGGGUACCUGCCCUAUGGCCCAGAGCCAUCCCCACUAUGUGGUGCCCUGAAUCCCCAGUACGAGUUUAAGGAUCCUGCAGGAAACUUUACCCCCAGCCUGACCCAGCCAGGGGCCUAUUACCCCUAUGAGCCAACUCUGGGGCAGUAUCAAUAUGACAGGUAUAGUGGAGUGGAGCUGAGCAGUGCCAGCCGAAGGAAGAAUGCCACAAGAGAGAGCACCAGUGCCCUCAAGGCCUGGCUGCAUGAGCACCGCAAGAACCCGUACCCCACCAAGGGCGAGAAGAUCAUGCUGGCCAUCAUCACCAAGAUGACCCUCACCCAGGUGUCCACCUGGUUCGCCAAUGCGCGCCGGCGCCUCAAGAAAGAGAACAAGAUGACGUGGGCGCCCAAGAACAAAGGUGGCGAGGAGAAGAAAACCGAAGGUGCUGGAGACGCUCUGGGCUGCCUGACCGGUGACACCAAAGAUGCUAACGCCAGCCAGGAGGCCCAGGGACUACGACUGAGUGACCUGGAAGACUUGGAGGAAGAGGAGGAAGAGGAGGAAGCAGACGAAGAGGAGGCACGAGUCUCAGCAUCUCGCCGGCUGGCGGAUUUUCAGAAGACUGCGCUGUCCCUGCCUGCUCCCUGCACCGCCACCCAAGGGGGCCGCUUGGAAAGCAGGGAGUGCGGUCUGGCGGUACCCUGCUUCCCCUUCACUGAGGCCCCGCGAUCCGGAGAAGCUGAUUUCAUUACAGCAGAGUCAAGUGUUCCCACAAUGAUCGUGCACUACCCAAGCGGCCAGAAACCCCGAAUCUGGUCCUUGGCUCACACUGCGGCAGCCAGCGCUGUCGAAGGUGCUCCCUCAACCACUCCCAGGGCACAAAGUCCAGAAUGUCACACGAUUCCCAGACAGCCCAUCUCCAUUAGGCGACUCCUGGUCCCCAGAGACUCCACAGUCGAAGAGGAUUCUCUUGCAGCCAAAGCCUUUGGGAACUCCACGUUCGCCCUGCAGGGACUGCCACUGAACUGUGCGCCAUGCCCGAGGCGGAGGGAGUCUGAAGUGCGGUUCCAGUACCCAUCAGGAGCAGAAGGCUAGCGCAACGGCUGCGGUUUGCAGAAUAAUUCUGGAAAUGGCUGCUUCUGAAUUCACCUUCAUAUUAAGAAGCUUCCAGGCCUUGGCAGGGACCGGGAGUUCUUACUUUGCCCAAGACAAACACACAGAAUCAUCCUAGCUGCUAUCCUUGCACGCAGGGCUGGGGCUGGUCAGGCAAAUGUGCGCCCAGUCAGACUUGGAGAGAAGAUGGCAGGCACCUUGAGGAAAGCCCAGUGGAUACUCAGUCUGCUUACCAAGUCUCUCCUUUGGAUGGAGGGCCCGAAAAGCAUCUCCUCCUGCUCACCCACCCCUGCCCAGCCCGCUCACUUUGUAACUUCUUUGUUGCAAUGGUCUCUAAAGACUACCACCUGUGUCUCCUUCCCCUUUCCAGGCUUUAACUUCAAAAAUAACCU